GGAUAGACCUAGCAAGGCAAGCCCAGGAUAAUUCUAUGAAAAUGAGUCAUACCAAAAUUGUAAACAAACUCUUAACAUCCUGUUCACGGCUUAUUUCUCUCACAAAAAUAGGCUGUAUUCGUUUUAAAGAAGACACCUUUAUUACUAGAUUUAGUUCUAGAUCUAGUCAGCUGUUUAGAAAACAUCGUACAUUUAAUUCUGCAUUGAUAUCGUUUUCUGUGCUUACGGUGCCAUCGUACUCUCAGCACCUACGAUCUAAUAGUAUGUCAAACCCUGACGAACUUCGUGGGCCUGAGGUUCCACUUUUGCCUGGUCAAGUUCUGCGACUUUACAGCAUGAGAAUGUGCCCUUAUGCCCAGAGGGUAAGAUUAAUUCUGGCAGCCAAGGGCAUUAAGUAUGAUCUUGUUAAUGUUGAUCUGAAUACAAAGCCUGAUUGGUUUUUUGACUUGAAUCCCUCUGGGGAGGUGCCAGUUGUUGUGUACGAGGGGGGACAUAUUUACGAGUCGUUAGUGACCGCAGAAUUCCUAGAUGACAUCUUCCCAGAGCCACCACUAUAUGCAACAGACCCUUUAGUAAAAGCGUAUGAGAAGAUUUAUUUCAACCACUGGACAAAAAAGGGUAUCCCAGCAUUCUACAGCCUGUUGUGGUCCGGCUACUCCGACCCAGAGCAGAGCAGGAGGUUGGAGGAGAACAUCCAGGUGCUGGACGGCUACCUGAAGAAGCUGGGCAAGCCCUACUUCCAUGGGGAGCAGGUCGGGUUCUCUGACUACAUGAUCUGGCCGUGGUUUGAGAGGAUGCCCAUGCUGAAGGAUGUCACAAAUUUCACCAUCUGCCCAUUGAAGUACCCGCACAUCACGGCUUGGGUGGACAGGAUGUGGCAAGACCCUGUCGUACAGGCUUGCAUGACAGACAGAAAGAUGCUGACAGUUCACUACGAGAAGUACAGAACUGGCAAGCCAGACUUCACCAUUGGUUCGGUGAAAUUGACAAACAAUGUUGUACAGGAUCCCUUAGAGAACUUGGACGGUCUCCGAGACCCAGCUACCAGAGACAGACAGAAGUAGACCUUGUGACCACACCCACCGCAACUGUUAUUUUUUCCAUUUUGAUGUUGCCUUUAUUAUAGAAUUAUUUAAUUUACAGCAUAACUGCAGAAAUGGCGAUAGUUAGAUUAAUUUUUUUUCUGUAGUUGAAGUUGAAAUGCAUUUUUUGCCAGGGGGAGGAAGUAGAAUACACUAGUCCUCAAGGCCACAGCUUAUACUGUAUUUUGUUGAUAGGCGUUGAACAGUCUUUCAGAUAAUAAUUUUUAUAUAUACAUAUUUUAAAAUCUUUUUUUUUAAUAAACCAGUUAAGAACAUUGCGUGACAAAAACAUACACAAAUGGAGUUUUAAAAAUAGAAAUCAGGUUUUGUUCAUUAAAGAAUAAUAGCAGCCAAAGGUUUGAUAGAUGUGUCACUCACCUUGACCCUGUUAAUAGACUAUUAUCUUUGACCUUGACCAACUUGAGACACUAUUACCUUGACCCAGUUUAUGGGAAUCAAUAAAGCUUGUCCUUUCAAGCAUUUUGAUCCACACUUUAAAGUGUGAGCUCUGAAGUCAAAAAAUUUUAAUGACAAUCAGAUGUUUGAAGCUCCCCAUUACUGAUGGCUGAAGUUUUUAAAGCUUUAACUUGAUGAUUAUCACUGUGAUAUUAUUUGUUAUGUAGAGAAGCUUCUUACAGAUAUUAAAAAUUCUUAUCCAAGUGUUUUGGAUGAGUAAAAAAUGUAUGGUAUAUUAUUUUUCAA